AUGAGAAGUAGCAGCUUCCUCCUCCUCCUCCUCCUCGCCGGUGCUGCUAUUCUUUACACACCCACUGCAGCUGCAGCGCCUGAUGGGGAAUGGCAACCGAUCCCCAAUGUCGCCGACCCUCACGUCCAAGGGCUCGGCAAGUGCGCGGUGGACGAGCAAAACAAGGUGACAAACUGCGGGCUCAGGUUCGCCAAGGUUGUGAGCGGCAAGGUUCAAAACACAGGCGUCACCACAUACCUGCUUGACGUCGACGCGCUGCGGCUCGACGGCUCGCACAAAAUAUAUCAGGUGGAGGUGAUCGACCACAACUCUUCGGGCAGUUCCACUUCCACAUGCAAGCUCGUCUCCUUCGGCACAACCUGUUGA